AUGGAAAGAGAGACUGUAUCAAAAGCUUUCUUCAGAUCUAGGAAGACACCUAGGCACUUGCUGUUUUUAUCAAGGUCUUCUACAACUGACGAGACCGAGGCCGUUGUCUUCGGGCGAACGAGGGCAUGGGGGCAGCUGCCGGUUGGCACUGCAGUGAGGGUGGGGGGCGAAGAUGUCCAGGUCAAGCCCCACGUCAAGUACUUGGGACUUGUCCUGGACAGAAGAUGGUCCUUUAGGGAGCACUUCACGAGAAUGGCUCCUCGUCUCGUGGGUGCUGCCUCGGCUCUGGGCCGCCUACUACCCAACCUAGGGGGGCCGAAUGCCCCAUGCAGACGGCUGUAUGCGGGGGUCGUCCGGAGUACGGCGCUCUACGGAGCCCCAAUCUGGGCCGGACGACUCACGGAGGCCACGAAGGCGCUGCUCCGCCGGCCGCAGAGGGUGGUGGCCCAGAGGAUGGUGAGGGCCUAA